AUGUCCAACGAGCUCCAGGAAGUUGAUGCCGGCUUGAUCGAGUCUAACUACGACAAUGUCGUCUACUCUUUUGACGACUUGAACUUGAAGCCAGAGAUCGUCAGAGGUAUCUUCGGUUACGGUUACGAAUCUCCUUCUGCCAUUCAGCAGAGAGCUAUCUUGCCAAUCACUGAGGGUAGAGACGUUCUUGCUCAGGCUCAGUCUGGUACCGGUAAGACUGCCACUUUCACCAUUUCUGCUUUGCAGAACAUUGACGUGAACGAGAAGGCCACCCAGGCUUUGAUCUUGGCUCCAACCAGAGAGUUGGCUUUGCAGAUCCAGAACGUCAUCAAGCACAUUGGUUUGUACUUGAAGGUUUCUGUCCACGCCUCUAUUGGUGGUACCUCUAUGGCUGAUGACAUUGAGGCUUUCAGAUCUGGUGUCCAGAUUGUCGUUGGUACUCCAGGUAGAGUUUUCGACAUGAUCGACAGAAGAUACUUCAAGACCCACAGAGUCAAGAUGUUCAUCUUGGAUGAGGCCGAUGAGAUGUUGUCCUCUGGUUUCAAGGAGCAGAUUUACAACAUUUUCAAGUUGUUGCCAGAGACCACCCAGGUUGUCCUUUUGUCUGCCACCAUGCCUCAGGACGUCUUGGAGGUUACCACCAAGUUCAUGAACAACCCAGUCCGUAUCUUGGUCAAGAAGGAUGAGUUGACCUUGGAGGGUAUUAAGCAGUACUACAUUAACGUCGAGGAGGAGGAGUACAAGUUCGACUGUUUGUGUGACUUGUACGACUCUAUCUCCGUCACCCAGGCCGUUAUCUUCUGUAACACCAGAUCUAAGGUUGAGUCCUUGAUGGCCAAGUUGAAGGAGAACAACUUUACCGUCUCUGCUAUCCACGCUGACUUGCCUCAAGGUGAGAGAGACACUAUCAUGAACGAGUUCAGAUCUGGUUCUUCCAGAAUCUUGAUCUCCACUGACUUGUUGGCCAGAGGUAUCGAUGUCCAGCAGGUUUCCUUGGUCAUUAACUACGACUUGCCAGCUAACAAGGAGAACUACAUCCACAGAAUCGGUAGAGGUGGUCGUUUCGGUAGAAAGGGUGUUGCCAUCAACUUCGUCACCGCUCAGGACGUUGGUAUGAUGAGAGAGAUCGAGAAGUUCUACUCCACCCAGAUCGAUGAGAUGCCUGCUGACAUUGGCUCUUUGUUCAGUUAA